GCCGCGCUAGCCCAAGGCCCAAGACCCAGGGCAACGGCAACGGCGACGGCGGCCCACCAGCUGCACGCAACACGCAAGGCGCGAUGAUCCGCCCGGGACCGCAACGAUCCACGCAGGCAACAUGAGCAGGCGCAAGAGGGGCUGGCGUCACGACCACGGCCAAGGCCAAAAGCCAUUCAGGCUAAAGGGCUGAUGGGGAGUAUGGAAGCCGGGGAAGGAAAACGGAACCCGCGCCCAUCGUCGCCAACUCGCGCACGGGCUCCCGCGCUUGCCCACCAACCAAAACUUCACUCUCCAUCACGAGACGUAUCACGCUACCGCCCCCGCUUGCCUGCUCGCUCGCUACCUCCCGCGCUCCCGCUCCCGCUGCCCGCUGCAGGCAUGUCGAGUGUCGUCAUCUCCACUGCCGUCUCUCCACUCGCUCGCUUUCUAGCUUCGGCUGUCGCUCUCUCCACGCAAACGCAAACGCAAACGCUGCACCGAACGUGCCCCGAAGCAAGUGGGGGCAACAGCGCGGCGGCGGCCACCGGUCCUUCUUCCCCAGUUCCCAGGUUCGUUGCUGGCACUGGCAGACAGGGAAGUCUGCCGAGCGGGCGUCCUUCGAGAAAAUUUCUGCGCGCCUUCGAGAAGGCCCGCGAGAAUGGAGAGGUGGGUGCUUCGUCACGCCACGGUUGGCGCAUUACUUCGGCUCGUGCCGAGAGCGUCCGCUGCCUGCUUGGCUUGGACGUGCCCUCCGUGUGCGUCCGCGCUGCGUUCCCGUUUUUCUUUGAUGUUAUCUGCUGGUAGUAUAGGUGGUGUUAGGCAUUGAGUUGCGUCUUCUGAUCUCUCGAACGCCGAUGAGGCAGGCCUUGCCGCGGCUUCCACUGCCUUCCAUUACAUCAUCAGCACGACGGGCUUGGUAAGGCAGUUGAGUCGCGGCAGCGGCAAUCGCGCCUGAAUAACUCUAUGCCAGACACCAGCAAAGCAGACGAAAAGACGACACCAACAACACCCACCAAGCGAGACAUACAGAACAAGCAGAGAGCGCAAAACACCAGACGACGCUACCCACCUCUACCAGAAAACCCCGGCCACACCCAUCCACGCUCCGCUCCGCCCUCCUCAAGCACAGACGCGGAAACCUUAUCCCGACGCCACGCCAAGCA